AAAUAAAUUUUAGCUAGUGUAUUGUGAAAUAAAGUGAAUAAGCCGGUGGUCUCUGCGGCAGUCGACCGUCCACAAUUGUUUAGCUGAUGCGGUGAAAGUGCCUCCAGGAACCUGGUUCAUUUUAUUUUUUUGUGGUAGGUUGGGCUUAAUCCACGGUGCACAUCAGUGGUGAAAGAAAGCGACGGUGUUCGUCAACUGAAGACGACACCAUGGAGCCGUCUAACAAGAAACAACAUCAACACAAACAAGAUGUAGGAACUUCAACUAAAAAGAAGAAGGAUAGAGAAAACAGUAUGUCUCCUACCAAAAAACCAACUCCAGAGAAAAUAAUAUCAACCAAGGCAAAAUCUUCAUCCCCAUCACUGGGCAAGACUCCCGAGAAGAAGCAGGUUGACCCGGGUAUAAAAGUUGACAACAAUACGAUGCCUGUGUCAAAUGUUAAGAUAGAUUAUGUGGAGAGAGAUGCGGAAUCUCUCCUGGCAGUAUUCCUCUACAUCAAAAAUAUUGACAAAGAGAGGUCUUUUGUUACUUUUACUGAAGAUUCUAUAUCAGCACGCUUUUCGACAAGCGAUAGUCGUUUUCUACAGCAGAAUGGAGGCGGUACAGAAGAUACUAUAUUUGAGUGGGAAUUAGCCCUCAAGGACAAAGUUGUACUAGAUGAAUGUAAAUUCAGAGUCAAUCCAAAUAAUAUUGAAAUUAAAUUAAAAAAGCAAGUUAAUAAAAAAUGGGGAUCUUUGACUGCUGUCACACCAGACUCGGCUUCAAGCAAUAAAGUUGCAAAAAACAUGUGGAUGUCAGCAGGCAAGACAGAAACUCCAACUUUGUCUAAUAUUCCUCCUGCUCCACCUAUACCACCAUCUCUGGAAAAUAAGAAACCAAUGUGCCUGGUUUCACCAGUAAGCAAAGGGAUGAGGGGAGGUCCUUCCACUUCAUUUUCAUCUUCAUCGUCUAUGUGCGAAGGAGGGACUAUUACUCCUCGUGGAACAACUGGUUUAGACAACAUAGGGAACACCUGCUUUAUGAACAGUGUUUUGCAGUGCCUAGUCAACACUCAAGAACUCAGGGAAUAUUUCUUAGAUUUUAACUUCCAGCAGGAUAUUAACAAGGAUAACCCAUUAGGCAUGGGAGGUAAACUAGCCAUAUCAUUUGCCAUUCUAAUGAAACUGCUGUGGUCUGGCACAAUCCCUUCUCAUGCACCUACAAAGCUCAAGUCUAUGAUGUCUAUGAAGGCCAACCAGUUUUCUGGGUUUGCCCAACAUGAUGCUCAAGAAUUUAUGGUGGAGCUGCUGGAUGGAUUGCAUGAGGAUCUGAAUCGUAUCAAGAAAAAACCAUACAUGGCAGAGCCUCCAGACCUUGAUGGUUGGCCAGACAGGAAGGCAGCAGAAGAGUCGUGGAAGCUACACAAGAUGCGUAAUGACUCCAUUAUCGAUGAUCUUUUUAAAGGCCAAUUCAAGUCGACUCUAACAUGCCAUGAGUGUAACAAAGUGUCCGUCAAAUUUGACGAGUUCUGCUGCCUCUCCGUACCCAUUCCAAAAGAUCAAAAGGUAGUUCAGGUGAUCUUCUUUUGGAAAGAUCCAUACCAGAAGCCAAAGAAAUUCUUUAUUCGAGUGCCUGCUAAUGCUGCAAUUGAAGAACUAAAACAAGAGUUGUUUGAGCGAACUGGUGUCCAAGUAUCUUCUAUACAGGUUUUUGAAAUGUUUAAAUCAAAAAUUCACAAAAUAUUUGCCAAAAACUCGACACUUUCGUCAGUUGUCCCCAGCGAUACUUUAAUGGCCUUCGAAGUUUACAAUCCACAGCAGGUGGGAGAAGCAGUUGUGGAAGUAGCAGUGGUGCAGCGCAUGAUGAUACCCAGUCCACCAACACGCUGUGCUUACUGCUCCAGAAAUGCUGUUUCAGGAACCAAGCUGCGCCGCUGUACUAAAUGUUUCCGGGCAGGAUACUGCCACCAAGCCUGUCAGAAAAAUCACUGGGCUACUCACAAGUUACACUGCAAACUUGUUCCUGAGCCAGUUGGGUGUCCCUUCAUCUUAUCUCUUCCUGAGAGCCACGCCUCAUACUCCCGCCUGGCCCGCAUCAUGGAGGCUUAUGCACGAUACUCGGUGGAUAUCUUCCAACCCCCUGUAUUUCACAGUUCUUCUCACAGAGGAAGUACCUCUAGUGUGGAACUCUCGAGUGAAGAAAAUGAUGACAUGGAGGUUGAGGAUGGGGAGCCUGAGGACAAGAUAGAUAGCAAUGAUAUAUUAAUGGCUGGGGAGAGUUCUCAAGGAGAUGGUCCAGGCCAUUGGGCAGAUGAAGGGGCUACUGGAAGUGAUGGUGGUGGUUGUGACAGUGGUGGAGGCAGUGAUGGUGGAGGCGGUAGUGGCUGCGAUGAACCUCCACAGCUUUCUACUUCCCCUAGUGUUAGAGCUGUUCAACCUCGAGGAAGUGUGCAGCUGCCGUCAGCGACGCAAUUAUUUGUUAUUCGCCCUGUGAACAACCGUGCCCAGAACCUUGCAUCUCCGGCAGGAGAAACUCUCAAGGAUAGAGGAGAUGAACCUCUAGAUUUGAGUGACAAAUAUUACAUUGCCAUGGAUUGGAGAACAAAUGAGAGACUUCCAGUCCAUUGCCUUGUACAAAAUAAAGAAGUAGACUGUGAGACUGAGGGUUCAUAUUCAGUCCAGAGAAAUCAGCCAACUAGUUUAGAAGCUUGUAUUGAACUCUUUACCCAACCAGAAAACUUAUCGGAAGGUGAUUCUUGGCGUUGUCCGAGAUGUAAAAAGCCAGUAGAAGCGACUAAGCAGAUGAGUGUGUGGAGGUUACCGCAUAUUCUUAUCAUACAGCUCAAGAGAUUCUCCUUCAAAUAUGUCCUUUAUUCUGACAAGAUUGAUAAGUUUGUACAAUAUCCAGUGAGAGGGUUGGAUUUGCAGCCUUACAUGUCAGCAGAGCCUGAAGAUGGUCCUGCCCUGUAUGAUUUGUAUGGUGUUAUUAACCACAUGGGCCGUCUCUUGGGUGGCCAUUAUACCUCGUAUGCACGGCUGGUAUCAAAACAUGAUUCUCGUCAGUCUGAGAUUGAUUGGAGGUUGUUUGAUGAUAGCAGGGUCACCUUCUGCCACGAAUCUCGGGUUGUCAAUGAACAAGCCUAUCUGCUGCUCUACCGACGGAGAGAUACACCCUUUUCAAUGCACAGACCAUUGCCUCCCCCAGCUCUUGCUGCCCUAGAGGAGAAUGGGUUUGAUCAAGGCCCAGAUAUUGAGGAAGCAACACCAAUGUCCAUCUCCUCUAUAUCUCAGUUGUCCUCUUUGUCCUCCUCUCAACCUUCAUCCUCCAGUCUGGAAGGAGAGGAACAGCUUAGUACUGCUCAGGAAGAACUUGACUAAAAAGUGAUUUUUCAACUAAAAACAAAAAGGUGCAUGUUGGCUUGUGUGUCAGUGAUGUGCGAGGAUGUGGCUCACAUUUUGUGACUACAAUUAUUAUUAUUUUUAAUUUCUGGUUGUGUAAAGUUUGUUGUAAUAUAUUUCAGUGUCUUAUGUUUCCUAAAUCAGUCAUUCUAGUUUGAUAUUUCCUUAAAAGGAUUUUUAACAUUUGUCCAGAUCUGUGUGAUAAAUCAUAUAAUAUAGCUUUUCUUUUUAUAUGUUGUGCUUUGCACUGAGUAUGCUAAAUGCCAUUUAUAGCAGCGGUAGCCAUGCAUUUGUCAGCAAGCACCAUAAUUACUGCACGUCACUAAUACCAUCUUUUGCCUCCUCGUCUGAGUGCGAUAUUUCAUACAUCUUUUCAAAACAUAUCCACAUACUGUUAAUACUCUCACUUUUCACCUACAUGUCAUUCUACAUGUACACUUAUAAUCGACAUGCAUUCAUUAACUGGUAAGCUUUCACAUUUUUUCUUAACAUUUCCAUUCCAGACCACUUGAGCAAUUUUUUUUGUCUUCAGUAGACCUUGUCAGUACGCAUCAUUUUCUUGUGGCUCUAGAAAUCUUUUGGGUGAAGAAAGUACUAUGUUUUACCAUUCUCCAGGAAUUCAUUAAUACAGUAAUCCAUACAUUCAUUGCUACAAAUGCAGAUUGCUUUUUUUACAUUGUAUAAUUUUGACAGUGUGUUUUUAUUUUAAUCAGAGGGUAGCCCUUGUGGCUUAGCGCUUCUUUUUGAUUAUAAUAAUAAUAAUAAUAAUAAUAAUAAUAAUUUAAUCAGAGGGUAGAGCUAAACCUGUAAUGGCUGUAUACCACCUGGGAAUGGGAGGCAGUCAGGUUUGAUCCAAGGAAAAAAGAAGCUAAAUCUGGUUCCUUGGAUCAAGAUCCUUGCCAGCAUCUGUGCUGGUGAAGAGUGAUAAUAGUAUAAGCUGUACCACUUUUAUCCAACUUUUGCCAUAAAAGAAAUUCCUUGGUAUAAAAAAUUUAAUUCUUAUGGACUUGUGACUGAGAAUUCCUGUUGUCAUGGUUGAAAGUAAAACUAGUUCUGUAUUCCCACAUACUCUUGUAAAUAUUUUCCUAUGCGACACAAACAGAGUUUGAGUCUCUGUGAUUUGUAAAGUGUUGUGCUAAGAUUAUCAGAAACUUUAUGCAAAGCAGAGUGGCAUAAUUGUAAUUGAGCACUUGACUAAAAAAUACAAGAAUAUUAUAAAAAAAUCUUUGUGCACUAUAUUUUGUGUGUAGAAAGAGCAAGGAAGUUGAGGUUUUUAAGGAAAAUUACAGUGAAUUACCAUGCAUUGCAGAAGGUAAUCGGUCACAUAGAGGAUAAGAUGAUGUAGAGUGAAAAACGGGAGAAAAAUUUGGUUACAUUCUUGACACAUCUUUAAAAAAAAAAAAAAAAAAAAAAAAAAAAAAAAAAAAAAAAAAAAAAAAAAAAAAAAGCAAA